CUUUUUCAGUUUUAUGUUAUUAACACUGUCGGGAAGUUAAUGGGAACCAGUUGUGGCAUGUAUUUGCUCUGGUCUAGAAAUAAUCUGGAAAUUUAGCAACGUAGAAAUCUGCAAUUUCAGGACGCAAUGGGAAACAACAACACUCGUCUUUUAAGAUAUAUGUUUGCUGGCAUUACUUUUGGUGUGGCCGUGGCAAUACUUUACAUCAUUAUAGGACAAAUCAGGGAUGAUUACCACCUCAAGCUCAGCUACAAGGCUUCUCCCUCCUCGUCAGUUGAAAAUGAAGUCCUCAAUCUUGAUAACACCAAUUUUACGGAAGAACUCAUCAAAAGUCGCAUAGAAAAAACGAAUCAGAACGUCUUAAUAGCGCAUUUGAAUGACGUUGGCCCCAUGAUAAACUGGACUUGCGCUCAAUAUGUCAGUGCACUUAAUAUUCAGUUCAACAACAUUUACUGGCAAGUGCAAAUAAACACGAACGAAACAUUUUACUUGUAUGGAGCAUAUCUAGAUAAAAGAUCGUUGGCCAAUGGCACCGUGAUAAGAAUAGUUGGCAUGGUUGACAAACUCGACCCACCCGAUGUCUAUUGCCAAUUUUGGUUCAACAAAGAGCCGAAACCUAUUAUUUCCAAAGUCUUCCAUAAACAAUAUAUGUGGCUCAAAGAAUGGGGCUUUCAAAAUGCACCCUUACAGCCAUACGUAUGGAGCUGCCAGGUGCCAGAAAAUUUUAAAACUCGAGUUCCGGAAUCCGUAUCUCUUGUUGAGAACCCAUGUCAACAUCCAAGAAACAACCUCCGCGUGAUUAAUAAUCUGCCUAAGUCUGGAAAGAAGGAAAAUUUUGCGGUUUGUGUGAAGCAGUUGAACUUUCAGCACAGACCUGACAUAGCAUUUCGUCUGGUCGAAUGGAUUGAGCUGCUCAAAAUUCUCGGUGCAAACAAAAUAAUUUUCUACGAAUUGACGAUGCAUGCAAACAUUUCUAAGGUUUUGGAUUAUUAUUCCAACACGUGGAAUGUAGAAGUGAUAAAAACAACUCUUCCAGGACAUUACUCCAACAUUCCCGAUCUUAUGGGAACUUAUUUGUAUAAUCGACUGCAUAUACAAAUUUUUCAAGAGAUGAUACAGUACAACGAUUGCUUUUAUAAAAAUUUCAAUAAGUUCCGAUAUAUUGUUCUGAUGGACAUUGAUGAGGUGAUUCUACCCCUGAGGGUCAAAACUUGGUCAGAGUUGAUUUUUAACAUAACGCUUCCCAAAGCUCGACGGGUGAAAAAUGGGACCAAUAUUUCCUUCGUCGCCCGAAACGUUCACUUCAUGGACGACCGGAAAGAGUACAAGGACUGGUUGCCAGGCAUCCCUCGUUACAUGCACAUGCUGCACCACGUCCUACGAAACUCGGAACAUAUGCCGCCUGGAUCCGGCAUCAAAGUUUUCCACAAUUCGGAAAUCAUUUUGUCCCUCCACAAUCACUAUCCUCGAGGGUGCUUAUUAGAUGGUGGACGCUGGUGCGAACAUUUUGAUUUCGAUCUGAAAGAUGCACAUUUGCAGCACUACUGUGUUGGAAGAGGAAAAUUUGAGUGUUCGACAAAGAGGGAGGGGAAUUUGACACUGGACAUGUCAAUCUUGAGAUAUAGACAGGAGCUGGUCGAAGCUGUUAGGGACACUUUAAAGAGAACGGGGUUUCUAAACUAGAAAUCUCACAUUGGCUCGACAAUAUUAAUUUAUAAUCUAAAGAAGGUCAGAGUCUCUUUAAGCAAUUUGUUAUUUGAAUUGGAAAAUAAUAGUUGUUUCUGAUGUGUAAAUUUUAUGUCUUGAUAAAUUUUAGAGUUUUAACAAGAGUCUUAAGAAU